UAAAAUAAGUUCGCGGGAAUCAAUCAGUCGCGCGCGCCGCAAUUUCAGGACAGGACGUGUUAUUAUAAACAACAGAAAAAUUAUACGAUAUUGUGUUCAAAUAAUAUAAUCGGCAGGAUGCCUCGCAUUGACACUGAUAUCAAGCUGGACUUCAAAGAUGUGCUUGUGAGGCCGAAAAGAAGUACGCUGAAAAGCCGAUCUGAGGUGGAUUUGACACGAUCCUUCAUCUUUCGUAACUCCAAGAAGACCUACGAUGGCAUCCCUGUCAUGGCUGCCAACAUGGACACUGUGGGCACAUUUGAGAUGGCCAAGACGCUGUCUAAGCGUGGCUUGUUUACCUGCAUUCACAAGCAUUACACUACAGAGGAGUGGAAGCAGUUUGCAGCUCAAAAUCCUGACACACUAAAGUACAUAGCAUUGAGUCUGGGUACCAGUCAGAACGACGUCACCAAGCUGUCCGAGAUCGUUGCAGCAGUACCGGCCAUCACUUACUUGUGCCUGGAUGUUGCCAACGGUUACUCGGAGAUGUUCGUCCAGCUCGUGAAGGACAUCCGAGCCAAGUUUCCUGAACACACAAUCAUGGCUGGCAAUGUUGUAACUGGUGAGAUGGUUGAGGAGCUCAUACUUGCUGGAGCUGACAUCAUCAAGGUCGGCAUUGGACCAGGAUCUGUCUGUACUACCAGGAAGAAGGCUGGAGUGGGCUACCCCCAGCUCAGUGCUGUGCUGGAGUGUGCUGAUGCCGCACAUGGACUGGGAGGUCAUAUCAUCUCGGAUGGAGGUUGCACUUGCCCUGGCGAUGUUGUAAAGGCAUUUGGAGCCGGCGCAGACUUCGUGAUGCUUGGUGGUAUGUUUGCUGGCCAUGACCAGAGUGGCGGGGAGACGAUCGAGCGCAAUGGUAAAAAGUUCAAGUUAUUCUAUGGCAUGAGCUCAUCAACUGCCAUGAAUAAACAUGCAGGAGGAGUGGCGGACUACCGAGCCAGCGAGGGUAAGACGAUUGAGGUUAAAUACCGCGGGGAUGUGACAGACACCGUGCAGGACAUCCUAGGGGGACUGCGCUCAGCGUGCACCUACGUAGGGGCGGGCAAACUCAAGGAGCUCAGUAGGCGGACGACAUUCAUCCGAGUCACCCAACAGACAAACGAUAUCUUUGGAAACGCAACAUGAACAUGUUUCAACCCAUGGCUUGACUUCACCAUUCUGUUCCUUAUUAUUCUGGUCUGUAUUUGAAAAUUGGAUCUGGGUCUGCCCACACUAAUGGGUGCAAUUGACUGCAGAUGUCAUGUUUAAAUGUCACCCACCAUGUACCAGAAGAUGAAUUUUAAAGAAAGUUUGUAGUGGUGUGCUGAAGCAAAUGGAUUGUUAUUUAGAAACUUCAAGAUUUCACUGUUUCUUCAAAGGUAAAGGUAAUGUAUGCACUGCAGUAUACAUGUACAGAACACGUUUCUGAUUAGCCAAUCUGAAAUCACUGGGCUUGCUUCAAAUAAUUGAAGGUUUUUGCACAGGGUGAUAUCACUACAAAUAAUGUUUAUGGAUGUAGAAAUAUCAGAUUGUGACACACAUGUAUCACAGUGUGGCACAACUGUAUCACACUGUGGCACAACUGUAUCACACUGUGG